AUGGAUCCUUCAAGGAUAAGAGAUAAAAUCGGUCGCUUUCGAAUCCUCAUUAUAGGAAGAGCGAACGCAGGGAAAACUACCAUCCUCCAGAAAGUCUGCAACACAAGCGACAACCCUGAAAUAUACAACAGCGCCGGGCAAAAGAUCGAUCCUGCAGUCUUAGCAGCAUCCAGAGAGCGUGGAGAGCACGACAUUGAGAAUGAGAUGAUAUUUAAAAGCAACCCAGGAUUCGUCUUCCAUGACUCACGCGGUUUCGAGGCAGGCGGAGAAUCAGAAUUUAACAAGGUCAAGGCGUUUAUCACUCGCCGUUCCAAGGAGACCAAAAUAACAAACCAGCUCCAUGUCAUCUGGUACUGUAUACCAAUGGACGAGGCGAGCAGGUCGUUCACCGCAGCUGAAAACAAAUUCUUCUCCCAGUGCGACACGGGAACCAUUCCAGUGAUCAUAUUGUUCACAAAGUUUGAUGCCCUCUACGACGUCGCAUUCAAACAGCUGAAAAAGAAUGGAACACCGCGAAAAGACGCUACAACACUGGCCCCACAACACGCCGAAGAGUCAUUUGCUAAUGGGCCGCAACUACAGUUUCUCAACAACCUCCCACGGCCUCCCAAAUGUCAUGUAUGCCUGCCUGACAUGAACAAGGAUAGUGCAGAUUGUAAGCCACUGAUCGAACGGACGGCCGAAACUCUGGAUAAUGAAGUGCUGGAGCAAUUGUUCGUCUCAACCCAGCAGAGCAAUCUGGAGCUCUGCAUGAAAUAUGCAAUUGAGAGGUAA